CUUUGCUCUAACAUCCACUAUCAUGACUGAAGCCAUUGCUCCGACGCUCUCCACAUACCAGGACGUCCAGACGUUUGAGUUCGACCGCUUUAAGGCCCAAGAGAGACACAGGUCGUACUUGGGCACGGACGACCUGCCGUCGCUUGAGGCGUUGAAGGCGCGCUUGUUCGACUACUACUCCAUGCCUGAGUUGCUCGCAUUCUUGGAGGAAAAAGUGCAAUACCGCAAGAUUACUUUGCAGUUUCCUGACCAUUUGGUUUCGGACUCCGCCAUUAUCGCACAGGAGAUGCUGCGUGCGUUGAACGUGGCCGUCGCGCCGUUGGGCUCCGGAACCGAUGCCAGCUGCGCAUCUGCCAGCUGUGACUCUAGCAGUUGUUGCAAGAAGGCUGAAGGGGAUGACAAUUCUGAGAGAAAGGUAUGGAUCCUAGCCGACACUUCAUACUCCCCGUGCUGUAUUGACGAAGUGGCGGCCGAACAUGUCCAUAGCGACUUGGUCAUACAUUUCGGUGAUGCGUGCUUGAACAACGUAGACAAACUUCCGUCGGUUUACGUCUUUGGCAAGUCUUUUAUUGACGAAACAGCCUUCACGGCCAAAUUUCAGGAGCUCUAUCCUGACACCUCGAGCAAGGUGGUGCUAAUGGCGGAUGCCCCACACACGUACUACUUGCCUCGUCUCUACGAGAGGUUGAAGAAGACGUAUCCUCACUUGGCCUAUGCAGCGAUUAAACUACCAGAGAGCAACACAAGUGUGAUUAUUGAUCGUGAUGCGUUUUCCAGUGCCGCCGAGGUCGGGUUGCACCAGGUAAACCGCUUUUUCAUCGGCUUGAAAGACGUCCAGCAGGAUAUGGAGCAGGAAGGUAUCGACUCGGCGCUCCAGGGUUAUGACUUGCUCCACAUAACGUUACCGGAAGCGCCACGUUUGUUAGUGCUAAGCACGAAAUUCGCCUCGUUGACCAUUUUCGAGCCUACCGACAACUCUAUCAACCAGGGGCCCUUUCCCUCUUUGAUGAAGCGCUACAGAUACAUGCACAUGGCACGCACCGCUGGGACGAUUGGGAUUCUUGUCAACACAUUGUCCUUGAAAAACACGAAAUCUUUAUUGAACAAAGUAUCGCAGUGGAUCAAAGACGCGGGGAAGAAACACUAUAUGUUUGUGGUAGGAAAGCCUAACGUAGCAAAGUUGGCCAACUUCGAAAGCAUCGACAUCUGGUGUGUUUUGGGCUGUGGCCAGGCCGGGAUCAUCGUGGAUCAAGUGAACGAGUUCUACAAGCCGGUCAUCACGCCGUACGAGUUACAAAUGGCGUUGAACGACGAGGUCAGCUGGACUGGAAAGUGGAUCACUGACUUCCAGGAGGUGUUGCGCAAUGCCGGAGAGGAGAAAGAGGAAAAGGAUGCCGAGCCGGCUGUGAAUGCCGAGGAUUACGAGGACGAGGCGCCAGAGUUUAACCCCGUCACUGGGAAGUAUGUCUCCACAUCUAGGCCGUUGCGUCGCCUCCAACACAUGUCCAUUGAGGCCAAGGAGCCCCAGGAGGAUGACUCCACUGCAUUGAUCAAGAAGUUCUCCAGCACCAUGGCGAUUAGAGGAACCGUUUCUACAUCCGCUGCCCAGUUACAGAACAGACUGUGGACCGGAUUGGGCAGCGAUUUCCAAGAUGCAAGUGUGAACAGUGACGAGGAGGACGCCGAGGAGGGUGCACUUGUGGAAGAGGGCAGAGGGGGGGUUGCCAGAAUCUACGACAAAUAGGUGUAUAUAUUUAAUAAUUAAUGAAACCAGGAGAGGAGCUGUAGAGAUAGGGAGCUAAUACCAGGGGGUCUGAAUCGAAGUUUUGGAGUGAAUUCGAAGGAAACGACCAUGCCAGGUUUCAUGGUGCUAGCCAGUACGUGACUGCGUUCUACGGCUAUAGGCAACUAAUCUAUUGGUCUAGACUUAGCGCAUAUCGAUAUUUAUCCAACAGUGUCUG